GGAAUCGUAAUCACAAGAAGAAGCCCUAUCCAUUUACGAGUAUCGUAACGAAGAAGAGAAAAGAAGCCACCGGUGCCGCUGCCGUCAAAAUCACCGCCGUCAUCUCAUUUACUUAUUUGAUCUUUCACCGCCGCUGCCUGCGCCACUACAACGAAGCUCUGUGGAAGGAUUUUGAUGUGUGUGAAGAAACUAUGGCAAGCAAUUUAGGAAGAGGAACUCCUACUAAUGGUUCCGUCUAUGUUUGUAAUUUACCUGAGGGAACCGAUGAAACUAUGCUAGCUGAAUAUUUUGGAACGAUUGGCUUGCUAAAGAAAGAUAAGCGAACUGGUCGACCUAAGGUAUGGUUAUACCGAGAUAAGGUGACAAAUGAGCCAAAAGGUGAUGCUACGGUUACUUAUGAGGAUCCACAUGCUGCAUUGGCUGCUGUCGAAUGGUUUAAUGAUAAGGAUUUCCAUGGGAGCACAAUUGGUGUUUUUAUGGCAGAGAGUAAGAGUGGUAAUGCUGGUGUUUAUCUUCCAAAUGUUGCAGUAGAUGGUAGUGUGUCGGAGGACACUGCAGCUAAGGACAUGGAUGGGGGGGGUGGUAGGGUUGAUGCAUCAGGAAAGAUGUGGCAACAGGAGGGAGACUGGCUCUGUCCGAAUACAAGUUGUUCCAAUGUCAAUUUUUCAUUCCGUGGUGUGUGCAACCGAUGUGGAACUGCUCGACCUACAGGUGCCUCUGGUGGUGGUGGAGGGGCUGCUGGUCGUGGGAGGGACCAUGGUGCCCCUGACUCUGGAGGUCAUGGCCGAGCAGUAGCUGCUACUAGUGGACUUUUUGGUCCAAAUGACUGGCCCUGCCCUAUGUGUGGUAACAUCAACUGGGCUAAGCGUAUGAAAUGCAAUAUUUGCAACACUAAUAAACCUGGUCACAAUGAGGGCGGUGUAAGAGGAGGACGUGCUGGUGGUUACAAAGAACUUGAUGAAGAAGAGAUAGAGGAAACAAGGCGACGUCGACGUGAGGCAGAAGAUGAUGGUGAGAUGUAUGAUGAAUUUGGCAAUCUCAAGAAAAAGUUCCGAGCAAAAACACAACAAGCUGAAGCUGUUCAAGUGCUACCAGGUUCUGGUCGUGCUGGUUGGGAAGUUGAGGAACUAGGUGUGGCUGACAGGGAUGGAAGAGAGAGAAGCAGAGACAGAGGAAGGGAAAGGGACGAUAGAGAAGGUGGUAAGAACAGAGACCGUGAAGAUAGGGAAAGGCGCCGUAGUCGGAGCAGAGAGAGAGAUAGGGGGAAGGAUCGAAGCCGUGAUUAUGAUUAUGAUAGAGGUAGAGAUUAUGGACGGGAUAGGGACCGGGAUCGAGACCGAAGCAGCAGGUACUACUAAGAAAGGAAGAAUCUGUUUUGUUAAAGUGCUUAAUGUAGCCUCUUUGGGCUGGAAUAUGGCAGUUGAUUGGAACUCUUUGAGUCGAUGGAUAGCCAAGACUACUCUCUAGAAUUCGAUGUAUUUUUGGGUUUUGCAUGAUGGAGUUCUAUACAGCACAGUUUUGCUGGCAUAUGAGUUUAGAUUUUCAUAUUUAACAGUUCUUAACUUGAUUUUUUUCUCCUUGCAAUUGAAACCAAUGCUAUUCCUGUGCUUGCUUGCUUU